AUGGCGAAGGGCGUGAAGGGUCACAGUUUCAAGCACAAGAGCGCCACGGCGGCGCCGGGGAAGCUGGAUGCUGACAACGAUGGGAAGAUUUCUCCUGAUGAGCUCCUCGCAAAAUUUGCGCACGUCCGUUUCAGAGCCGACAUCGCACUGGAACGAGCCAAGCUCGAAGAUGGCCUUCUGGGUUUUAUGCAGCAGAUGCCGCUGUUUUUGCUGUGUUUGUUCUGCUUUUUGGUCGCCAUCAGCAUCAUCAGUCCGGCCACCGAGACGUCCGCCAUCCAUCGUCACUUGGAGGCACAUUUCGGACUGGACCAGGUGCAAUCCAUUGCAGAUGUCGAGGGCAUCUACAGCUUCAUCAAGAGUUUUGAAGAGAAAAACCGGGAGCUGAUGCCAACUUCUCCUAACUAUUGGUGUGAGCAUCGCUAUUUUCAAUAUCAAUGGGAUGAUCACUACAUGGUUCCCCGCACCAGUUGCAGCAGUCACCGGUUCACAGCCUUGGGCUUGCAGAGUGCGCCGUUGUGGACCAAUGAAACGAGUGCCGGCAGUUCAGGCGGCCACCGCCGUUUGGCCGGCUCGGGUUCUGGGACGGCCACCCAUGCGUAUCCCGCCUGUGAAGACAACGACACCGCGUAUCAAAUCGAAGAGGAUAAGCCCAAUGUGACAUGUGAAGAAGAUGCCAGCCAUGCCUGUACCAUCGAUUUAGGCAUUUUGCAUUGCCCCAAGACGUGUGGAUACUGCGCCCCUUUUGAGUAUGAACGGAUGAAGAGGUUCGGCAAGCCACAAACCACUUUGCUGCCCUCCGUGCUUUAUCAGACUCGUUUGAAAGAGGCUGAGUGUCAUGGCUUCGCAACAGUGGUUCAGAGCCAGAAUUACAAUCCAGUUCUCACUCUUUUACCAGCGCUGGAUGGGAAGAAGAAUGGUAAAAUCUUGAAAUGCAUCGAUCGUUCCUCCCAGCAAACUUCGGAAUAUGCUUUGUACCUGAGCUGUCCUGAGCACACGCCAGCCCACCGGUGUGUUGAUGGAAUGGUGGGAGUUGGUCAUAAGCAAUCCUUUCAUGGAGAAACGGUUUAUGCGGAGAUGCUGAUUGAGAGCGAAAAGAUUUUGACAUCAAUGAAAAAGGUAGGUUGGAUCGACAUCCAAACAGACAAAGUUUCAAUGAGCACCAUGGUCUACACCGAAGACUUGGAGAUGUUCACUUCAUUGACUGUGGAGUUCUCAUUCGAUUUCGCGGGCAACGUUGAGGGAGCGGUGCACAUGGUCACGUAUCGUGACUUGACACGGGACACGGCAUCGGAGUUUCAAGGCUUUUUGAUCACCACCUGUGUGGGCGCCUUCAUCAGUAUGGUAUCUCUGGUGGCCUUCCUAUGUCUCCAUCCAGAGAAGUACAACCUGGGGCUGAUGCUCUAUGAGAUCAUUUCCAGGAUCGUUCUGCUGGUCUACCCAUUGAUUUUGUUGAUCACCUGGGCACAACAAGUCCCGAUGUCGCACGAAUACGACCUGCUGCUGCAGACCUUUCUGAACAACGAAGGCAUGGAUGAGGCACACCUGCACCACAGCGUGGCCGAAUACUUCAAGGUGAAGAGUGUGAUCUAUGAAGAAGCGUCAUGGCUGGAGCGUCACCGUGUCGCGGCCUAUGUGGUGCUCUACGUGCAGUUUCUGCAGAUGGUCUUGGCCUUCACUGUGCAUCCGCGUGUGGCCAUGUUAACAUCAACUGUGCAGAAGGCUUUGUACAACAUGAUGCACUUCUUCUUUGUUUUCGCCAUCCUCUUCUUGAUGCUGGCGUUUAUGGCAAACUUCCUCUUGGGCGGUCGCAUUCACAUUUUUGGCACCUUUGGCAGUGCAUGUUCGGCGCAAGUUCGCAUGCUUUUUGGAGAAUUCAUUUAUGCUGACGGUGUCGAAGUGCUUUCGGGGACCGCCCUUGUGAUGUACUGGUUGUACGCCGUCUCUUUCAUGCUCAUUGUGUUCUUCACCCUCCUCAAUUUCUUCCUCGCAAUUAUUGUGGAUGCAUUUGUGGAGGUCAAGGAUAAUUGUAGUCAGCUUCGCUGCACCCAGAGCUUCUUUGAAGACUUAUGCUCUAUGGCUGGAACUUUGUACCUCCAAAGGAGGUACAAGUUACCUGCAUCAAAACGCUUGGUGAAAUUCCUAUCUGAAAGUCUGAAAGGUUUUGAAGCCGUCCCAAAGGGAUCUGAGAGGGAGGGGAACCCCCCUCUGUUUUCAGCCGAGGCAAUUCGUUCAGAAUUUGGGUUAGAGGAGUCCGCUGUGUGUCACUGGUUGUGUCGGAUUGAAUCCAUGAGUUCCGUUCCCUUGGUGCACGUGCAGUACCCUGACGAUGUUGACGAUGAGGAGCCACCAAAACCUGCACCAGAUGAGAAGAAAGAAGUGGUCGAAGUCCAAGUCGGACAUGAUGCGAACAUUGCGAACAUCGAACCAAUCACACACAUCUAA